GAAGGGGAGGGAUCUGGUGAGAGGCAAAGACAGAGUGGAGGGAGGGGCACGCAGAGGGAUGGAUGUGCUUGUCUUCUGCCGUGGUCUGAUCGACGGCAGGGGGGUUAUGGUCUAUGAGAUGAUCCACCAGCGGGACGGGUACCACACGAGGGACUUCGAGUUCGCGAAUGGCGUGACACGUCGCUCCAUCCGUUUCUAUGAAGUCGAUGUCGAUGGGGUCCCCUCUAUGAAGAUAGAGGUGGGGUUGGGAUUCUUCGGAAACGAACUGGGACAUGUGCUCAUCUUCGUCACGAAGGUCGGGGAUGUGAUCCCGAACGAGUGGGGCAGCCAUCCCGUUGAUCUGGCGGGGGAGAUCGUGCUUCUUUACAUCUCCACGCUUGCCGACCUGUACGCAGGCCGCCUGGAUCCGCUCCCGUUUUGGAGGUGCACUCUUGAUCCGCCGUUGGUGGGCAGGCCGUAUCUGCACGGGGAAAUGAUGAUGAUGAUGAUGAUGAUUAUGAUGAUGAUGACGAUGGUGACGAUGAUGACGAUGAUGACGUUGGUGAUGGCGAUGAUGAUGGUGGCGAUGAUGACGUUGAUGGUGAUGUUGAUGAUGAUGGAAAUGAUGAUGAUGAUGAUGAUGAUGAUGAUGAUGAUGAUGAUGAUGAUGAUGAUGAUGGCGAUGAUGUCCCCGACGAUGAUGAUGGCGAUGAUGUCCCCGACGAUGAUGAUGACGAGGAUGAUGGUGAUGAUGGUGAUGAUGGUGAUGAUGGUGAUAAUGGUGAUGAUGCCGUCCACUCAGGUGAAUCGUCCCAACGGCACAAGUAUCGACGAAUUUUGAAGUCAUUCCGUUACGUAUAUAAACGAACUCGUAAAGGAGUCGGUGGUUUUUGUAACCCGUUUCGGAUUCUGCGUACCGGUUGUUGUUGUUGUUUUUUUUUUUUUAUGUUUGUUUGGGUUACGUGCAUGUUUGUGUUUGUAGCCGUCGUCGCUAUUUUGUGUGUUUCGCCCUUAAACCAAUUGCUAGGCGGCGUCUUUACCCGGACACCGUGCUGCUAUUGUGCUCCGAUUUCAUGUUCUCAUUGGGUGUGUUGAAGGCUUUUGUCGGGAAUUUUACAUUCGGUUGUUCAUGGUCGUCCAAGGAAUGAUCAUCGUGUGUGCCAAAAACUUUCCACGUCCGGAUGUUAUUGGUGGAAACUUGUCUCCCGCUUUCUGUAAAGAUAUGUGUUCAAAUCUUUACAUGCAUGGGUGAAUUAAUAUGUUCGUAUGUUCAUAUGCAUGGGUGGUAUAUCAUUUCCAAUUAUACAUUUCGCAACAUUAAUUGCUUGAAUUCAUAUGCUUUCUGUGCAUGGGUGAACAAAGAUUACAUUAUGAG